AUGGAAAAAAUGAGUUUCAUUUUGACUUUUGCGAUUCUGAUGACUGCUACGUCAUCGGUAGAUGGACUGAAAUGCCAUCAAUGUGGAGGAGCUGAGAAAAUACCGAAAUUCGCUAAAACUGCACUCAGCAAAUUGAAUAUUACUGUGGAUAGUGGUUGUGCUACUCUGCGAGAGGAUAAUCUCGGAGUUCCAAGCAACCAAUGCUAUGAGCUCGGUGAUGUGAGCAACUCAACCAAUGGAUACACUGCUAAACGCGUCGAUUGCUACUGCAAUAAGGACUUCUGCAACUCAUCUCAAGGACCCUUCUCCACGAUAAUGAUGACAAUUUUAUUGGUUCUCGUUAAAAUCUCUAUGUGA